AUGACUCACCAUACAAUACAUCUUUUUCGGAAAGGUCUUCGACUUCAUGACAAUCCAACUCUGGUCAGAGCACUGGAGACUUCCAAUAUCAUAUAUCCAGUGUACAUUUUGGAUAAACAUUUUAUGACCUCAGCAAUAAACAUUGGUUCAAAACGCUGGGAUUUUAUCUUGCAGUCCCUUGAAGAUCUAAAUUGCAGUCUCAAGAAAUUAAACUCUUGUCUCUUGGUCAUCCAAGGGGACUACCAAGAAGUGUUGAGGGUUUUUGUUCAAAAAUGGAACAUCACACAGGUCACUUGUGACCUUGAGAUUGAACCUUAUUACAAAGAAAUGGAUGAGAAUAUAAAGAAAAUGGGAGAAGAGCUAGGAUUUAACGUGGUCUCAUUGGUUGCUCAUACACUGUAUGACGUCAGAAGGUAUGUGUAAUCUUUAAAGACAAAGAUAUAGUAAUACAUUGUAUGAAUUCAUUUUCUUUACAAAGUAUUAUAUGAAAAUGUAUCAGUAUAAGCCAUAGAAGUAUAGCUGGAGGAACAAAUUUAAGACUAGAGAAAAGGUUUACUCUCUGCCUUGUUAAAUCAGGCUAAAUGUACGCAGUCGUUUUACAUUGCGGUGAGCAAAGUGUUUUGUUUUGUAUUUUUGGUUCUUUUUUUCUCUUUUUCUCAAAAGUCAUAAUCUAAAAAAGAUGAAAAAGUUAAAUGAAAAGUAAGUCAAGCAAAAAAAAGGCGUGCAGGGUAGUUUCAAUGGAGAAGAAUUAUACUGGAUUCUGCUAAUUGAAUGAAAACUACAACGAAACACUAUAGUACCAUAAUCAACAAGGAUAAAACAUUUUAAGGCUCAGCAAGUUCAAACUGUAACCGAGUAAACUUGCAGAAGCCAGACACAGAGAGAUGGAUGCAGGUUUCCAGGAAGUAAGAGGUCUUUAUUAACAUACCGAUCGGGUCUCAGAUGAACUAACGUUCCAAAACAGUUCUGAGGGCCAAACACCGGCACAUACCCUUAACCAAUCAGUGGAAGGAUUUGGAUUUCCUUAUAUGGGCAGACCACAUGGCUCAUCCGAAACAAAGGAGAAAGGAGUGUGAUUUCAGUUCAUGCAUUACUGCACAUGCUCAGUACAUUGAUGACAGUAUCUUAGCUACGUGUAACUAACUAACUGAUACAACAUACACAUAUGCCAUGUGGAAAUCUCGGCCUACUAAAUUUACAUUUCACCGAAAUUCCAUCACAAAACCAUUAAGGGAUAAAGCAGUGACCUUGUCGGGCAUCUUCGCAUCUGCACCUUUACAUAAAAUCAAGAUGCGUUUGUUUAUUCAUUCCUUCAAGAAUUCUAAUUUAUGUAUGGAUCACAGACAGAGAGAUAUAUAUACGUAGACCUCGUAAAAAGUAUAUUACCCUGUGUGUGGGCUUUAAUCUAACAUUUGUAAAUAUAUUUUAUUUUAUACAAAGUGCUAUGUAAGAUAGCAAGUUAGCAUAUAUAAUUGCAUAAUAAGUACCAAGACAAAAAACUAACAGGGGAGAACACAAAGCAAAAAACUAAGAACAGCUCUUUAAACAAUAUUGCAAAGGUUAUAUAUAGCAAAGAAAGCAUAUUAACUUACUAUGUGAAAUAUAUAAACAAUAUUGUCAAUGUAAGUGGAAAAAUUAUAUAUUUGUGUAUAAUUAGAAAAGUGACAAUUCUUUUCAGCAAUGUAAUAUACUGCUAUAUUGUUUGUAAAUCAAAAGGUAUAGCAAUAGCUAUGCCAUAUAGCUUGGAGGAAAGAAGAGACAGGGGGGAUAUGAUAGAAACAUUUAAAUAUAUAAAGGGAAUCAACACAGUAAAGGAGGAGACUAUAUUUAAAAGAAGAAAAACUACCACAACAAGAGGACAUAGUCUUAAAUUAGAGGGACAAAGGUUUAAAAAUAAUAUCAGGAAGUAUUACUUUACUGAGAGGGUAGUGGAUGCAUGGAAUAGCCUUCCAGCUGAAGUGGUAGAGGUUAACACAGUAAAGGAGUUUAAGCAUGCGUGGGAUAGGCAUAAGGCUAUCCUAACUAUAAGAUAAGACUAGGGACUAAUGAAAGUAUUUAGAAAAUUGGGCAGACUAGAUGGGCCGAAUGGUUCUUAUCUGCCGUCACAUUCUAUGUUUCUAUGUUUCUAUGUUUCAUAUCCACCAUGAUUUCCUUGAUUAUUGUGAUAGGCUGAGCAUGUCAGCUGACCAUCCAAGCUUUUCACUGCUGUUUAAAUAUGGAUGAAAUUGAUAUUGAUAUUGAUAAGAACCUUUGCAUUGGCAAUAUGGUAAGUGAGGCCCUGUCCAUGGAUGAAACUUGGACACCUGGUUUGACCUAAAACCAGAGAAUGGAACAUAAAGCCUAGCAGCACCAUAAUCACUGUAACCGUUGCGGUGCUUAGACUGCUUCUUUAAUAGCAAGGGUCAUGGAAUAUUAAUAAAUAUUAAUUUAGGCAACGUUAUGUUAAACUCCUGUUUGUCGGUUAGCAUACUGUUAGGAGUUUGAAAACCUAUUUCUUAGUACCUUAGAUCCAUUAUAGUGAUAUACAUACAAUCUUGCUAAAAUUACACACACCAUCUUGCCUGUAAAUGGUUUUAUUUUGUCUUUUGAUUGAUUGACUUUUUUAUUUCAGAAUUGUAGCUCAGAAUGGUGGAAUACCUCCGCUAACUUUUAAACAAUUUUUACAUGUACUGUCAAUUCUUGGUGACCCUGACACACCAGCACGAGCAAUAACUACUGAUGAUUUUUUGUACGUAUGUAUUUUCUAUAUCAUAUAUGUGAAAUGUGGGUAUGACCUGUGUUGUGUCAAGUACAAGUAAAUAGUGGCUAUAGCAUGCUGGGUUUCAUUAAUCAUACAGAUAUAUAAUGUAUGUAUUAAAGCAAGCAAGAGCACCAUGCAUAACAUGGUCAGAUGCUUAGUGAGUGCAAACAAAGAGAAGGGUGUGUGUGCUUUCUCAGUGUUUUUUAAUUUAAUUUGUAUAAUUCCUUCUGUAUCAGUUUCAUUUAUAAAAUAAACAAUUAAACUGUCACGCAAAAUACUAUACAGGUGGUACCUAGUCCCCACACGCCUCCAUCAAAGCUACCCGAAUGUAUUGGAUGCCUGCUUGAGAUGCCAAUCAAACAAAGGCACAAUGUUACACACCUGGUGGCACUGCACAAAACUAAAGACCUACUGGCUAAACGUGGCACACCUGGCGCAUCAAUGCACAGGAAUACAAAUCCCAUUCUAACCGGAGACAUUUCUGCUUCUCCUGCCUCCGAAAGGAGUGCAGAGGAUGCAACAAUACCUCUUGUAUCAUAUACUCAUUGCCGCUCUCACAGUAAUCAGCAGACAUUGGAAAGACACAAAACCCCCCACACUCACAGAAUGCAUACAAACAGUAGAAACCAACAGCAGUUACGAACUCAUGGCCAGACGAACACAGCCUAAGGCAGAACCCUGAUGUAAAGCGUGGAACACCUGGAAACAAAACAUGUCCCACACCAAGCACUUGUGAAAAGUAGAGGGCGAACCAGACCAAGCCCAAAUCUCCCCCCCCCUUCCCUACAUCAUAUCCCAUAACUACUCUCCAGAUGCAAACACGACCCACCUGGGGCCCGGCAGAGCCACCCCACUUGUAAACCACUCACGCCUAGCCAUCUUUUAAGCCGAGCACGAUCCACCUAGUACCAGUGACAAGCACCGCCCACACUACGACUUCCUACCAGAAGUAAUAUUGUAUAAGGUUAACACUGUCAAACAAUUUGGUUUUUUGGGGGGAAAUGUGUGAUGAACAAACCUGUUUGUUUUUUCCCCUCAUAACCACCCCUUCUCUUCUGUACCCAAACAAAACCUGAAAAAAACAAAAUAAAAAUUGUCAAAAAAAAAUAAAAAAUUUUUUAAUGCACUCAGUAAAUUGGUUGUGGCAUAUUUAAUGUGAAGUGAAGCAAGUAUGGUUCUGGUAUAAGGACCAAAAUAUUGACGGCUCCUUGUCAAAUGUAUUUUGUCAAAUGUCAGGUGAUUUACUUACCUUUCAGCCCCCGCCACACCAGUCUUUGUUCUCCGUGAUCUCUGACUCUUUAGCUGUGAUUAUCAGUGUUGAUGAUCUCAACAAAUCCAAAGCCUUCCCAUGGGAAAUCAUUGGGGGCUAUUGCUCAUGCGCUGCAAUACGCUAGUCUGUGCCAAUCAGAUGGUCUCUCUGAGACCAUCUGAUUAAAAUAGCAGAGUUUUACUCUGUUAUUUUACAGAAGCAUGUCUAGUGACUGUCAGUAGGACAGCCACUACAGGCAGGGUAACCCUGCAUGUUUUCAUUGAGAUGAAAUGGUCUGUGUGCCUAUAGUGUUCCUUUUACAUGUAUUUAUUUGUUUAAAAAUUAGCAAUUGAUGACACACAGGUUCUUGUUUUCAAUUCUCAGAAAAUGCAUAACACCUCCUGAGGUUGCUCUUGAUGAAUCAUAUAAAGUACCCCUUCCAGAGGAUCUAGGUGUGUCUAAAGAAACCUCACAUAUCUGGAUUGGAGGAGAAUCUCAAGGACUGCGUAGAUUGGAACAGCAUUUAGAAAAUCAGGUAGGUAACCAGAUACACACCUGUAAAGAGCGGGAGUGUGCGAGUUUUUAUGUGUUAGAAAAUACAUUUAAAUAUAUUAUAUUAUACGCUAAUGGAUAAGCCCUUUUUUUCUUCUUCCCUGCUGCUACAUGUAUAUUUGGUAGCUGGUGAUUUGCUCAGCUUGUGGUGUGCUCAGCUCAAAUCUGAUACACAUGAAGGGGCUGGGGGUUGGGGGGGAGGGGAUGAGACACAUGGGAGGGCGCCCAGGGUAGUUUUCACACCGGGGCCCAGUAGUUGCUAGCUAAGUCUCUGCCCACAGUUUCCGUAUGGACAAUGUAGAUGUGACAAAAACUAGGUGUCUUUUUGCACUUUCCAUACCCCGUCCCUUUUCUUCUGCAGGGUUGGAUACCACAGAUGAAGAAACCUCAAACAGAUCCAAAUAACUUUCUGCCGAGCACUACUGGUUUGAGUCCAUACUUUAGUUUGGGAUGUUUAUCUGUCAGAUCCUUUUUUCACCAGCUAUCUAAUAUAAAUGCUCAGGUAAGUGAUUAUAUUUACCUUUUAUAGAGAUAAUAAAGUCGGCCUUAAUCAAUAGUUUAGGACCCAUAGUUUGUUCCGCAUGCCAUUUCAUUGGAUCCACACUAAUUUGAACAGGAAUAUGGCCCAAGGCAACUGCUCUUAUUAUUAUUAUUACUAUUAUUAUUAUUUAAAUGGCACCAUCUUCCUCAAUGUGCUGGCAACCCAUUUGAUACUGCAAGGGUUAAACAUUAGGGUUCCCAGUAUUGAUGCCAUGGGCUUUCGCAGAGGUUGUGUUGAAGGAGCUGGCUUGACAUAGCAAGUAACCUUUAGGCCUGGCCUUAGUAAUUUGCUAAAAACAGUUUUCUGAUAUAUAUAAAAAUAUAUAACGGCUCCUAACAGCAUCACAGAUUUGUUUGUAGUUGAGAGAAAGCAUUUACAUUUUAGAUUUUUUUUCCAUUUUGUUAAAGGAACUCUCCUAGCACCAUAACCACUACAGUGCGCUAUAGUAGUUGUGGUGCAGGUAUUGCCCAGGUGCCUUUACAUUGCAAAUAAUAAAACUGUAUUAGAACGGUUUGACUUCUUAUCUGUGGCACUCUCUGCAUCCACUACAUCUAACAGAGAGCCAGAAGCUCCUGCUUAGCAGCUUAUCUUAUCUUGAGCUAAGCUUUGGCCUACUAGGCUUAGAUAAGAGAGAAGCACCUGAAAAUCGUUUGACACUGGAGGUCACCAGGGCACCCCUUGCACCAUAACCACUACAGCUCUGUGUUGUGGUUAUUGUGCUUGCAUGUUCCUUUAACCUUUUUUUUUAUUUAAAGGAUACAUAUAAAUAUUCAGUUCUAAAUUAACUAAUGUCCGUUCAAUUAGUUUACAUUGAGACUCUUCUCCAAUUCUGUGGUGGUUAAAGAUCCCUGCACGUAGAAAACAUUUGUAAUUGAUGUAAACACAUCUGACAGACUCCUAUUUCCUUACAUUGUAAGAGUCUGUGUGCAUAUGUAUGUGUCUCUGUGUAAAACAAAUUGUGUUGAGGAGCAGGUUUAAAGGGCACCAUGGGUUAAAACUGAGCACUCCUUUUUUAAUGCAUAUCACACACAAGCUUAAUUUUUUUUAAAAUUUUAACUUUUUAUUUUCUUGGCUAUUGGGAAAAUACUAUCUUGUGUUUUAGGUAAGUGAUGGCCAAUCAGCAUGAACUACUAAUUCUCAUAAAAAAUUAUUAACUAAUUGCUGACAGCCAACUCUCAUCAUACAUAGCCACAUUCCUUCCCCAGUAGCAAACUGCAUAAAUCAAUGUGAGGGUGAACACAUAUUUUCACCCGUUUAGGUGUACACAGACUCUGCUCUCAAACAAUCAUUUAGUAUUGGGGUAAGGAGGUUACAUAGUAGAUGAGCAGCACUGUAAACACAGGUAGACAUGCAGGCUGUUUAUCUCUCUUUAUGCCUCAGAGUUGUCAUUAAGGGUAAAUGAACAAAAUAGAUUUAUAACAUAAGGAUUGAGUACAGCGCAUGACUGACAGGCAGACGUGUAGUGAUAUACUUACUAUAUGUCUGCUGCGUGUCCUAUUCCUGUAAUAAAGGCUUUAGAAGUACAGCUCAGUAUGUAUGGAACUCAGGAAGUCUCUGCUUUAGAAUUAGGGGGCAGGGCUACGUUGCAGUAUUCUGCAAAAACUUUUUUCUUUUUUUUGCAAAACUGUACAGAAUUGAGCAAGUAAAAAUACAGCAUUUUAGCAAGACCAAAUGCUAUCAAAAAGAUAGUGUUUUGUUGGUGCCCAGAAUCUUAUAAACCAGAGUUACAAUUAACAUCUUACAAUGUUGAGAAAUGGCAGUAACUCCAUCUUUUAUUAAGGCCAAGAAUCAUGCCCUUCCUCCUGUAUCACUACAAGGACAGCUACUUUGGAGGGAAUUCUUCUACACGGUUGCAUCUUCAACUCCAAACUUUACCAAAAUGAAAGGAAAUCCUAUUUGCCUUCAAAUUGACUGGUACAAUGAAAAGGAAAAAUUGGAGAGGUGGAAAUCGGUAAGUGUUUUCUCAAUAUAAUGUGUAAUACCUUCCUCAACAAAAUAAAGCCCUUAACAUUUUGAGAUUAAACAUCUCAACAGUUUUGGGGAUUUCCUCAUUUCUUACACCUUGCAUUUGGUCUUCAUACUGGGUAUACGAGAGGAUCUCCCCAAAUAAUCUAUUAUGAAUAAUUUCUCUCUCUGGGGCUAGCAGCACUGAUGGUUGUGUAGUGUGGAAAACUCAAAUCAUUGUUGUGUGACCGUGUGUCUUCUGUUCCGGUUUGUGGGAUGUGUUUUAAAGGCAGCUUCUCAAGUAAGAGCGUGCCUAUAGCUCACAAACAACUGUGUAUCAGAGUAGGACGAUGAUAGUCUUGGCAAGGUAGAUCACUGCUUGGUUUAUAUCACUUUGCUGCCUAUAAACACUGCAUGCAUAUUAGGGAUGGGUGAUUAUCACGAACUCUGAACCCCCUAAUUUAAUUUCUCCUAGCUAUGAAAACUUAGGGACACUAUAGUCAUCAGAACAACUACAGCUUAAUGUAGUGGUUCUGGUGUCUACAGUCUUUCCCUGCAGGCAUUUUGAUUUAAACACUGUCUUUUCAGAAAAAAGGCAGUGUUUACAUUACUGCCUUGGGACACCUAUAUUGGCUGUAACUCAGACGGCCACUAGAGAAGCUUCCUGGAUCACUGCUCCAUGCUAUCCAUGGAGGCACUGAACUUUUUCCUUUAAGCAAUGCAUCUGCAUUAGCCUCUCAAUGCUUUCUUUUGGGAAAGCAUUGGAUUGGCUGAGAUCAUCAAUUCGGAUGAUUUCGUCCAAGGAGACUGGGGGCGGGGGGGGAGCCAGUGAUGGCUAACCCGCACGGUGCUAGAAUACUUAUUCAAGGAGGGGCUGACUACCUAACAGUUUCUUAAAGGCUCAGGAAUGCACAUCCGUACUCUUGAUCCUAGUGAUUAAUUUUCCCUCCCCUAAACUAAUUAACCUUAAUUCUCUAGGUUGAAAACCUUAAGCCUAAUUCUCCGAAACCUAAACUUUAUAACUGGAAACUUCAUAACCGUAAACCUUUGUUUUACUCCUAACACAUUAAAGGAUCACUAUAGGGUUAGGAACACAAACAUGUAUUCCUGACCCUAUAGUGUUAAAACCACCAUCUAGCCCCCCUGGGCCCCUCAUGCCUCCAUAAAUAUAGCAACAUCUUACUGGAUUAAAGCCAGAAGCUGUAGAUUUGCAUGCUGUUUGCCUCAAAAAAAACAAGCAGUCUGCUGACACCAUCAGAAGUGGUAGCCUGAUCCAAUCACAGUGCUUCCCCAUAGGAUUGGCUGAGACUGACAAAGAGGCAGAUCAGGGGCAGAGCCAGCAUGAUUCAAUCACAUCCCUGGCCAAUCAGCAUCUCCUCAUAGAGAUGAAUUAAAUCAAUGAAUCUCUAUGAGGAAAGUUCAGUGUCUGCAUGCAGAGGGAGGAGACACUGAAUGUUUGGAUGCAUUUUAGGCAGUCAUGACCCAGAAAGGAUCUCUAACAGCUAUCUGAGGAUUGGCCAGUGAAGUUAUCACUAGGCUGUAAUGUAAACACUGCAUUUUCUCUGAAAAGACAGUGUUUACAGCAAAAAGCCUGAAGGCAAUGAUUCUACUCACCAGAACAAAUUCAAUAAGCUGUUGUUGUUCUGGUGACUAUAUUGUCCCUUUAAUGCUAAUAUUAAAAUCCUGAAGCUGUGAUGACUCUGGUGGCAUAGUUGGGAGUAUCACAAAUACUAAUCACAAGAUAGACUAAUUCUACAUUUACAUUACAAGGUGAUUGGUUAAAACUUUACUCAAACUGCUGUUAAAUGAGAAAUUUAUGUUUUGACAGAAUAUAUGUAUGUCCAUAUGUUUGAACGCAAUUGUUUUUCCUUUUUUUUUUUUAAAUGCAAAAGCAUUAUAGUUGUUUCUUGAGUCCUUGAUAUCACAGAAAACUUUGUUGUAAAAAUGAUGUAAAGAAAAGUAAUAUAUAGUAGUAUGCCCAGGUUAGUAUUGCCAUUAAAUGUGAUAGUAAAUGAAUAUAUAAAAACUUAUGAAUGUGGAAACGUUCAGCUCAACAUGUAUGGUAAAUCUGAAGGUUUUAGAAAGCAACCUAUAUACUGUUCUGUUUUAGGGUCUUACUGGAUUUCCAUGGAUUGAUGCAAUAAUGAAGCAAUUGCAUGAAGAAGGAUGGAUCCAUCACCUGGCCAGACAUUCUGUAGCUUGUUUCCUAACGCGUGGAGAUCUGUGGAUCAGCUGGGAAGAAGGAAUGAAGGUUGUCAUGUUUGGUUUUCAUGUUUUGGAGCUCACAUGUUCCAUAGGCAUCAUUAUGUGAUAACUGAAUGUAUGCAGUAAAUCAAGGCAUAUUCAUUAUUAGAUAUGUAAUAUGAUAUCUCUCUCUCUCUGCUAUUUCUAACUGGAUGGCUGCCCACUUCCUUAAACUAAACUUGACCAAAACUGAAAUUCUGGUCUUUCCUCCCUCAAUUGUUGUUACUCCUGUGUCUCCCUCCCUCCAAGUCAACGGUGCUACCAUCAGCUCCACCACACAGGCUCGCUGCCUAGGUGUUCUCUUUGACUCCGACCUCUCCUUCAAGCCUCAUGUUCAAUCAAUCGCCAAAUCCUGUCAUUUCCAUCUCAAAAACAUUGCGCGCAUCCGCCCCUACUUAACGCCAGAUGCGACUAAGGUGUUGGUCCAUUCCACUGUCCUUUCUCACCUUGACUACUGUGUAACGGAUCACCUGGCACCCCGACUGGAUACCUCCGUUGAUGGAUGCUCCUUGCGCUUCCUGAGGACUCCAAGUAUUGCAGCAGACACCACAACCACCCAACCGGAGAAGCAUACGAAUGCUCUCAAGCAUUUGAAUGCUGUAAGCAGCUGAACAGGAAAAGCAUACAAUCAGCUUACACUCCUGGCAAUCAGCAUACAAUCCAAUUCCCCCAAUAACGAGACAACACUUUGUUUUGAGGUCAAGCAGAACUGACUGUACUGGUACAUACAGCCUCUUUUAUUCACAAUCCACAAACAUAGUACUGCCCACAGGGUUUUGAAAUACAACCAAUCAAUCCGUACAAUACACACAGACACUCCCACACAAAAUCCUCCCCUCUGCCUGUGAUAUGAUUACUGAACACAAUGGUUAAUCGAAUUAUCACAGGCAGAGAAAUACAGUAUUAUAAAACAUAUCACAGGGACCCCAAAACAUGCAAUAACCCCAUAAAGUAUCCUCGGAACCGGGGGAUCUGGGUGAACCACAUAUCCAAAAUUCACCCAGAUCCAUUCAGUAGUUUGGAAGAUGCAGUUUAAUGCAGAUUCGCAGAACAUAUACAGGCUAUAUGAAAAAUAAUUACUGUAUAAUGUGUCCCCUGUUGUAUAGUUUAAAACUACUGAACGAUGUCUUCGUGCACCAAAUACUGGCGAGAUGGCACCAUGUAGAAAAGUCCAAACAGUGUCUGUGAGUUAAAAUGGCCGCCAUCCAUUGUUCUCACCAUGUGCUUCAUCCAUUGUUCUCACCACGUGCCUCUGAUACAUGAAAUGGUGGCCACCCAGUAACUCCACAGUAUGUCCCCAGAUGGUUCUUAAAGGGCCAGCAGCAGCAUAAUAAAAUACAAUAUGCCCAAAUACUGUAUUUAAAAAGCCAAAUCUCCCAGGGGCCAUAGGCAGGAGGCGGGCAAACAGGCUUCUCCAAUGCCCAGUGGCAAGGUUGGUUUCGCCACAUACUGUAAUCCGCUUCUCAGUGGUCUUACGUGCUCCCAGCUUGCGCCGUUACAGUCCAUAAUGAAUGAGGCGGCGAAGCUCAUCUUCCUGUCCGCCCGCACCUCCCAUGCCUCACCCUUCUUUCAGUUCCUACAUUGGCUUCCUAUAAAAUAUAGACUUACAUCUAUCUUCUGUCCGUACUCCCACCUCUGAUGCUCGCCUUCAAGAUUUCUCGAGGGCUGCACAGUUCCUGUGGAACUCGCUUCCCUCCUCCGUUAGAUGCUCACCCAGUCUCCACUCCUUCAUAAAAUUGUUAAAAACCCACUUCUUCCCAAAAGCGUAUUAAUUAAACUGUUAAUAGCUCCUGACUGAUUCCUCUUCUGCAACUGUCACUAGUCUAAUACUAUCCUUACCUUUUUGUGUCAUUUUACCCCACUCCCUCUAGCAUGUAAGCUCAUUGAGCAGGGCCCUCAACCCCUCUGUUCCUGUGUGUCCAACUUGUCUGGUUACAACUACAUGUCUGUUCAUCCACCCAUUGUAAAGCGCUGAGGAAUUUGAUGGCGCUAUAUAAAUAUAAUAAUAAUAAUAUCUGCAUUUGAAUGCAACAUAUUUGUCAGUCUUUCCAAAGUAACUGAGACAUUACUUGGUGUGCAUUGACUUCUCCAUACUGUAUCAGUAGACAGGAGGGAAAUUGAUGUGAUUUUUUGUCUAAUGCUUAUCUGAAUGUACUUUUAGAUUAUUUACUAAAGUGUGAAUUCAACGUGACUGUCAAAUUUAAGGCCAGAGUAGCUGAUUUAUUUUUAUUUUUUUCCCUUGUUGGCUAUUUAGACAUUAAAUUUGAAAAUCGCGUCAGUAAAUAACCCUUUUAUUGUUUUGAGAAAGUAACGGAAAGCCUCAAACUACCAUGGUUGAUUCUGUGGACAAGUUUGGAGAUGAGUGUCACAGAAAAUUGCAGGAACAACAAAUUUUCUUCUUUCUUUUGAACAGAUAAUAUAGCAUGUUAGUAUUUAGUAGGACAUGUCAAUAGUCUGCCACACAACAGACAACUUACACUAGCUCUAGAGAUAGUGAGUGUUAUGCUGGGCUAUAUCUUGCAUCAACCACGUCGGCUUUACAUGGAACAUGACUGCUUUCUUGGUCUUAUUGCUGCUGCAGUGGCAUGAUCUAUAUGUGUAUAUUUCUAAUCAGGCUUUAUAUCCUAGCACUGUUGAUUCGUUUGUGAAUGCUACAUAGACUCCUGUUGCUGCUUGUUUUAAUGAUAUUCAUGUUAUCAAGCUUUCAUUCACUUGUAAUGUACAGCUCACAAAGAGGAGCUGCUGGUGUAGGAAAAUGCCACCAAUCAAAUGUGUCUAUCCAGGGCUAAAUCUGAUUGAUUGCCAUUAAUUAGUCAAGAAUUUGUAUUUUUCAUUUUUUGGGUGAGGAGAUUAAGAAUUCACUUAAAUUUUUUUUUUACACCUUCUUUUGGAUCACAGCAGUAACAGAGAUUUGUAAAAAACUGAACGUGAUGGACUUCAGAUCCCCAAACUAGAUUUCUAUGUAAUAAUAUAAUAUUUUUUGUCAUCACAGGUUUUUGAGGAGUUCCUUUUAGAUGCAGAUUACAGCAUUAAUGCAGGAAACUGGAUGUGGUUGUCAGCAAGUGCUUUUUAUCACCAUUACACAAGGAUAUUUUGUCCCAUUGGCUUUGGAAAGCGUUUUGAUCCUGAGGGCAGUUAUAUACGGUAUGUAUGUGGCUGCGGUUGUAUUAAUCUUCUACGUGUUACAUUAUUCCUGGAAGCUAUAUAUGUUUGUAUGUGUGCAUCUGCAGAUUUGGAUUUAAUGGCAAAUAGAGAUGGUGUUAAAACACUUGCACUCUAUUAACAAACUGUCAUGAAAAUAUUUAAUGUAAUAGCAACAAUACCUUUCUAGUACUUUGUGCUACAGUUUAGACUGCCUCCAUAGCAGUACAGAAAUGUAUAUUUCAUGUUCCUUGAAUACAUUAAGGUAUUAAGGGACUUAAGGAACACUAUAGUAUUAGAAAUACAAACCUGUAUUUCUAAUCCUAACGUGUUCCCCUACCUAUUUAGAUGUCGUUCCCUCACUCCCCCAUGAGGGUUUAAAAAUAUUUUUUUCUUACCUUUACUCCCCCGCCGCAUUUAUAUCUUUUCCAAUCCAAUUCUUCCACCUAGAGAAGAAUUUGGCGGAAUGUGCGCAUGCACUGCAAAACAUUCAUGUUGCGACUAUAGGUAAUUCAGCAGAAGGGACUUUAGUGGCUGUCAGGAAGACAGUCACUAGAGGCGUGUUUAAUCUUGCAGUCGUAACAUUGCCAAAUCUACUAAACGGCAAUGUUUUCGACUGCAGGGUUAAAACUAAAGGGCCAUAUCAUUGAGAUGAAGUGGUAUGGGUGUCUUUGGUGGUCCUUUAAGAAUGCUUGCUAAAAUGGUCAUCAGUAUGGGCUCCUUCAUAUUCUAUUCACUUUGCUACAAACGUUAGCUGCUUAUAACGCAUUAUAUGCAGCAUUAAACCUUAUAUGUUCUCUCUGCACUAUUGGUAAUAUCUGUCAGUAGAAGAGACUUCAUGAUCCAUGUUUAGUAUGUCCAUGAAUGACCACCAAAGUGACUUGGAAGUGAUUUUAAUUAUUUUUCAACGGGAAAUGUCUGCUUGUUUGCAGGUGGCUGGCUAAGGAUGGAAAAGGUCAGGGAAAUAUCCCUCCCUGAAUUUCUCUCUCCUGGGCAAGAGCAUACUCCUGCUACCAUGACGAAGCUUUUGGUGACUUCACCUACCAGGUGCUGUUUUCACUACUGUAAUCUUGUACAAGCUUGAGAGUCUAAAAGUGAGUGGAGGAUGCCAUUGCUUUUGUUGUUACACGCACACACUUGAGCAAGGAGGUAUGACCUCAGUCAUUUGAGGCUGAAAGGUGGGGCUCAGGAGAAGCCUCUACUUUUUUGUACGGAUAGCAAAAUGUAUUGAUGAAACGUGAAAAGUCUUAAAACUUUUGUGUCAAAUGCAAACCUUUUAUGUUCACAGAAAAUAUUUACCUAUCCUACAAAACUUUCCAUCAAAGUACAUCUACAAUCCAUGAACUGCUCCAGAAGCUAUUAUGAAGCAAGCAGGAUGUAUAAUUGGUAAAUAAAAGCUAAUGUACAAAGAAUCUACUUCAGACAGCCCCAUAAAACAUCAUCAUAUGUGGAAAAAAACAAAACAAACAAAAACAGUGCAAUACCCUGCUGAAGUUUCUGCUUGUUGGAAAGUAGUUAUAUCCUUGAUUGUGGUUUUUAUGUUUUCAAGAACAUGUUUGCUGUUCUUCAGUUCUAGCAUUUGGCAUUAUUAAGGGUCUACUUAAUCUGAGCACUAAACAUAAACUAGGAAUGUGAUAAGGAGAUAUUUUGUGGAUCUAACUGUUAAAAAAAACAAAAACCACAAGCAUCAUAUCCACUACAGCUUCCUUUAAUGAUUUUGGUGCAAGCAUGCCCCCUUUUUGUCAAAUCGUUUGACUUCUUACCUGGGUCCACUGGGCACUUCUCCCUGCCUCCUCUAUAGCUCAGUGAUAGCUCAAAAGAUCUUACUUAGGACCUUAUGUUAGCUCUCCUGAGCUAAGCUGAUUACUCUCAGCCAAUAAACCCUGCACUAUUGGUAGGUGGAGCAAUGGACUCUAGAUAAGAAGUCAAACCAUUCUAAAAUAGUGAGGGACACCAUGGAACACCAGACACGAUAACCAGUAUAGCUCCCUGCAGUGGUUAUGGUGCUUGGAGUGUUUCUUUAAAAUACUGAUAACUAGCUUGUUAACUCAGUGGAUGAUGUAAGUUGUAUUUGGAGGUAGGUCACUACUCCCAAGUGACAUAUUCUAUUUUCAUUGGAUUACAAUGAUUCAGAUCAGUUCUUACAAGACAGAAUGUUUUCAGUAUAAUGUUAGCUUGCAUGCUCUGAUGAAUCAACUAAACCUGAGCUUCUUGCAGGAAAGGACUACCCUUUACCGAUGGUUGAUCACAGUGUGGUUAGCAAACAGAACCUACAGUUAAUGAAACUGGUGAGAGAACAGCAAUAUAAGACAGCCCAACUUACCAGGGGUGAGCAUAUACAAUGUGCACUUCUAGAAGUUGUAAUAAUAGUAUAGUGCAUCCAUUACUGUAAAGUGUACAGUUUAUAUAUAAUGAAUUCUGUUUAAACAUAUUGAAAAGCAAUAACUGUAGACAUUAUUCUAUAAUUGAAAAAGAAAAAAGUUAGUGAUCUGUACCAUUAUUAUUUGUGCGGUGUGGAAAAAAUUAAAUAUGCUUACCAAAUUUACUGCUGAUUUAAUUAAACAAAUAUACUGAUGUUUAACACUUAUCAUGUGGCAGGAUUUAAAAAAACAACAAAAAACAGUUUAUCCACAGCAACUGCGACAGACUGUGUUUACACAACACUCCUAUAAUUAAGCACAUGAUCACAAACAGCACGGUGACGCCUUUGACUUCUUGCUCUUUUCUGUAAUUUAUUUCAGCAGUAGGCUGCUACUUUAUACAAAUCUUUUCAGGAUCAUGUUCAGUUUAACCCCUUAAGGACACAUGACAUGUGUGACAAGUCAUGAUUCCCUUUUAUUCCAGAAGUUUGGUCCUUAAGGGGUUAAAGACCACUCCGGCCACUAUAACAACUUCAUCACAAUGGAGUUCUUAUGGUGCGAGGAGGUCCUGGACAAUGUUUUACUUGAAGAGGUUAAACGUUUUACUAAUAUUUUAAUCCCAAAAUCUACAAGAUGGCCCCUGAUUGCUCUUCCCCUGCGCAUCUGCUCAAUAUCCAAGGCUUCAAUCAGGAAGCUUCAGACCAGGCGCUGCUGAGAACAACAGCUUAUGCUCUCAACCUAUCUGUAGCUCCCACUUAGCAAACAGGGUGAAAGAUACAUAUUUUGUUCAAUCAGGAAGUUUCAGACAGUGAGUGGAAGUGCACGGGCAGAGACUUUGAUUAACUAUUAAUUGUUUAACCCCUUCAGGGAAGACAGUCCCAAAGAACCCCUCGCAUCAUAAUCACAUUGCGAUGAGGUUGUAGAGGUGCCCAAAGUGACCCUUUCAGUUCUAAAUGGGCUAAUGCCCAGCUAUGUAAGGAUCAUCAAAUUAUAUUAAGCAGGAUUAUUCACUUAAGUGUCAGUAAUUCAAAGUGAUUUUCAAAUUUAACACCACAGUGGCCAAACUGGAAGCACAUCUGACUUGGUGAAUUUAUCAAGCUUGGCUAUAUUGGUUAUAAUUUAAAAUUAACUUUUAAUUCCCAUUAAUGUUCACAUCAGUGAAUAAUCCUGUAGAUAUCUGUCUAGUGAUCAGAGAGAGAGAGAGGUUUAGAAAACUUACAUCUGUACAUUGCAAGAAAUCCCGAUGGCAAACAUAAUUAUUGUUAACUAGAGUUUAUGAUUAUUAGUUUUGUUCUAGUAAAGUUAUUUCUACUCAGACAUGUACUUCUUACCUUUUAUUGUAGAUAUUGCAGAUGAUCCUAUGGAAGUAAACAUAAAGCACCAUAUUGAGCAUUCACACGAUAAUGCCAUUAAUAUCACUACAAAGAAUGCAAGAGGACCUGGAGAAGCUUCUCUGGAUCAGUCGAAGAGACAGCAUGAUAGUGUAGUUACAUAG